UUUCAACUCGCGACACAAGCGGCUGUCCGUCACUCUCACCUGCUGAAAAUGAUCCUCAAAUUCACCUGUCUGCUGGGAUUGCUGCUCUGCGGCUGUCAAGCGGUACUUCAGGUGUCAAUAUCACUGAAUAAAGUGGAACUGAGUGUUGGAGAGUCAAAAUUCUUCACAUGCACAGCCAUUGGUGAGCCGGUGAGCAUAAACUGGUUCAGUCCUCAAGGCGAGCGCAUCAUCUCAAAUCAGAGAGUCAUCGUGCAUACGGAGGGCGUGCGGUCCAGGCUGACCAUCUACAACGCCAUCAUCGAGGAUGCUGGGAUUUACCGAUGCCAGGCUGUGGACGCCAAGGGACAAAGCCAGGAGGCCACGGUGGUGCUGGAGAUUUACC